CGGCCAUUUUCUCCCUGUUGAGGGAAUAAGUCGCCAUGGCCCCCAGCCGCAAUGGCAUGAUCUUGAAGCCCCACUUCCAUAAGGAUUGGCAGAGGAGGGUGGCCACUUGGUUUAACCAGCCAGCCAGGAAGCUCCGCAGACGCAAGGCUCGCCAGGCCAAAGCACGCCUUAUAGCUCCAAGACCAGUUUCAGGGCCAAUCAGGCCAGUGGUGAGGUGUCCCACCAUCAGAUACCACACCAAGGUGCGAGCCGGCAGAGGCUUCAGUCUGGAGGAGCUCAAGGCAGCUGGCAUCAACAGGAAGGUGGCACGCACCAUUGGCAUCUCUGUGGACAAAAGACGUCGCAACAAAUCCACAGAGUCGUUGCAGACCAACGUGCAACGGCUGAAGGAAUACCGCUCCAAACUGAUCAUCUUCCCACGCAAACCCUCUGCGCCCAAGAAGGGAGACAGCUCUGCUGAAGAGUUGAAGAUGGCAACACAGCUGACCGGAACCGUCAUGCCCAUCCGCAAUGUCUUCAAGAAGGAGAAGGCAAGAGUAAUAUCCGAGGACGAGAAGAACUUCAAGGCUUUUGCCACCCUCCGUAUGGCUCGUGCCAAUGCCAGGCUGUUUGGUCUCCGUGCCAAGAGAGCCAAGGAAGCUGCAGAGCAGGACGUGGAGAAGAAAAAGUAAAACUUGUGCUUGGAACUGUUGAUAAUAAAAAUACAAAACCUA